UUCACGCUGAUUACGUUUUCAGAAAGAGUCGGCAAUAUUAAUAGUGGUGUGGUGAUUGGAAAACAUUUUAUUGUAGUUUGAGAGGAUUACUUUUAGAGAAUCCAUUUUGUUGAUGUUUUUGUCUCCAUGGAGAUGGUAAUAUUGAAAGAAGCAUUUGGAGAAAUAUAAUUGUGUGAACAUUCAUCUGAGUUUCUUGCUGGGUUGUGUGCAGCCAUGAUCUUCAGACUGAUGUAAUGAAUUUCAUAACACUACCUUCAACCAUAACUGACCCAUUUGGAGUAAUAUUAACAUGUGAUAAUAAGACUUUGAGGCAUCAUGCACACAUAAGGGAUGCAGAUUAUUAUUUUAAUUAUUUUAUCUCCAGACAAAAUAUAAUGGCCAUUUUAACACUGGAUAUGGAUCUCUAAAAAAAUAAGCAAUAUUAUUUUUGUAGGAGGGAACCCCUGGAAACGGAGGAAGGGCUACUUAUGGUGGCCUGUUUAUUUAGAUCCCCAAUCUUUAAACUUAAUUAAUUUUACAGGUGUACAUUUCUGCUGUUGGCUAUAUGUGGGAGUAUGAAGGUAGUACCGAUGGGGUGUCAGACUAGCUGUCUUUGUGAUUGUGAAAAAUUGUGGUAGCUCAAAGGAAUUUAGUUUGAUUUACUACAAUUAACAUUUUGGUAAUUUACAAAUGCUAUUGGAAACAUAUAUUUUUAAACUUUGAUACUUUUAAAUAUUAAAAUUGUGUAAGCAGUGAUUUAAGUGUAAUAAUUAUGAAUGGAUAACAUAUCUUAUCCCUGGCUAUUGUUAAGAAUGAUAAAUUGUACCUCAGCAUCAAAGAUUUGUGAGGAUGGGUUGUUAUAUAAGGGUAAACUGAGUAACUUGUUGCAGUUUUAUUUUAUUCACACUAAUGGAAUAAUAUUAGAUUACAGGUGUUUCAUUAGCUAUUAAGACAUCCUAAACACACUUUAUAGCUCUUUAAUUUAUGUUUCCAAAUGUUUAAGAGUUUAUGGUUAGGGGUGAAUUACCAAUAAGUCUAAAUUUGAUUUGUUGUCUCUAAUGACUGAUUGGUACCAAGGUGAAGCUGCAAGUUCGUUUGUCUGAGUGACGAUGGUCCAUACAUGUUUGAUCAUUGAGUUUUAGAGUUUAUUGUUGUGGUUUUUAUGUAAAAUUGUAUUUUUUGCUGUUUUUUGUGACUAACGAUAAGCUAUAUUUGUUUUAUCUCUUAAUUCCCGUCCUUAUUGUAUAAUCAUACACAAUGGCAUAGCAAUAAUAUUGUUCAUUAAAUAUAUUCAAGGAAAACAAACACAUUCACAAACCUGGGUUAUUGUAUUGUUGGUAUUUCAGUGUUGUCUCUAAACAUUGCUUUGGACUUUUGUGAAGGUCUGGAUACUGAAUUGUAGCUUUUUUUGCUUUGUUUCUUUCCUUCACAGCCCAUACCAUGGCGCUUCCAGCAGAUGGAUCCCCAAUGUUGGAGGGACAUCCAGAUAAUGGUAAGGAUCACGGUAAGGUGUGGUCAAACGAAGCCGAGGAAGACGAGGUAGGUAAUGCCGGUACUGCCGGCUCUAGUUGUAGUUCUUCUACUAGCUCUAGUGGUAACUCUUCUACCAGCUCAAGUGACGACGAGGCUGAUAACGAAGACCAGGAUGACUUUAAGUCCCGACUUUGUUUUGUCAAGGUCAUUGUAGGAAAGCUUCAACAGUCAUUGAAACAUCACAAUUCGACGGUUGUUCAGCGGGGCGCCGCUAAGAGUAGUUCAACAGUGGAGCGUGCCAGUGCUGCGUCACAGCUGCUUGAGAUUCUUCCCCAAAAUUUCAAAUACAAACAAGACAUUGGGGUAGCUCAGAAGCCUCAAGAAGACAAGGCUCCCUGUACUUCACUUGAAUUCGCAUCUGGACUUGACAAACAGGAAGAGCCCAUUUUGCGUCCAGAGAACCCCAGACCUAUCGGUACCUCGCAACAUCAUCAGGUAGGUUUGGAAGAGGACGGGGCUUCUUUGACUUCCGGCCGCGCCAGGAGCACUACACAGAAGGUGGAUUCUGCGAAGGAACACGACCCACCAUCAAAGCUUAGUUUUGGUACAGUGCUUCCUUCCAGCUUUAAAUUCACAUGUGGACUUGACAAACCAGAAGAGCCCAUUUUGUGUCCAGAGGACUCCACUCCUGUCAGUGCCUCGCCACAACCUCUGGCAGGUUGGAGAAAUUUAGUGGCUUCUUGUACUUCCGGCCGUGCCAAGAGAACGGCAAAGAAGUUGGAUGAUGUGAAGGAGGAUGACCCACCAUCAAAGCCUAGUUUUGGUACAGCGCUUCCUUCCAGCUUUGAAGUCACAUCUGAACUUGACAAACCAGAAGAGCCCAUUUUGCAUCCAGAGGACUCCAGUUCUGUCAGUGCCUCGCCACAACCUCUGGCAGGUUGGAGAAAUUUAGUGACUUUUUGCCGCGCCAUUAGAAUUCCAAAGAAGGUGGAUGAUGCGAAGAAGGAUGACACACCAUCAAAGCCUAGUGAUCAGGUAGGUUCGAAAGAGGACGUGACUCAUGCGACAUCUGUGACUGGCAUAAACGGAAAGAGGACCAGGGACACUGUUGCUAAAGAGGAGCCCCCAGCCAAGAGGAGUAAGGACACUCUUGCUGAAAAGGAGCUCCCUGCCAAGAAGACCAGGGACAGUGUUACUGAAGUGAAACUCCCAGCCAAGAGGACCAGGAAUAGUGAUGAUGCUAGACAGGAGCCCUCUGCCAAGAAGACCAGGGACAGCAUUACUGAAGUGAAACUCCCAGCCAAGAGGACCAGGAAUAGUGAUGAUGCUAGACAGGAGCCCUCUGCCAAGAGGAUCAGGGAGAAUCAAACUGACUAUGUGCUCCCCUCCAAGAGGACCAGGGACAGUGUUGCUGAAGAGGAGCCCCCAGCCAAGAGGACUAGAGACACUGUUGCUAAAGAGGAGCUCCCAGCCAAGACGGCACAGUGGUAUAAUGAAGAUCCCAUUUGGGACGAGGUCCUUCAAAGUAUCGGCAGAAGGAUGGCAUGGAGAUAUGGUAAAGAAUGGGAGGACGAGCCCAUUCCGUCAACCCCUCUGUUCAUUCCAUACCGAAAGACAGACCAUGAAGAUCCUAUUCUGUUAUCCCCUGUCCUCAGUCCCUCCCCAAGGACAGCGUGUGAGGAUCCUGGUCUGUCAUCCCCUGUCCUCAGUCCCUCAACAAGGACGUCGUGUGAGGAUCCUGGUCUCUCAUCCCCUGUCCUCAGUCCCUCACCAAGGACGUCGUGUGGGUAUCCUGGUCUGUCAUCCCCUAUCCUCAGUCCCUCACCAAGGACGUCGUGUGGGGAUCCUGGUCUGUCAUCCCCUGUCCUCAGUCCCUCAUAUAGAAUGGCGCGUAAACUUCCUGUUUUGUUAUCCCCUAUCCAAAGUCCCUCACCAAGGACAGCGUGUGAGGAUCCUGGUCUGUCAUCCCCUGUCCUCAGUCCCUCAUAUAGAAUGGCGCGUAAACUUCCUGUUUUGUUAUCCCCUAUCCACAGUCCCUCACCAAGGACAGCGUGUGAGGAUCCUGGUCUGUCAUCCCCUGUCCUCAGUCCCUCAUAUAGAAUGGCGCGUAAACUUCCUGUUUUGUUAUCCCCUAUCCACAGUCCCUCACCAAGGACGUCGUGUGGGGAUCCUGGUCUGUCAUCCCCCGUCCUCAGUCCCUCGUAUAGAAUGGCGCGUAAACUUCCUGUUUUGUUAUCCCCUGUCCACAGUCCCUCACCAAGGACAGCGUGUGAGGAUCCUGGUCUGUCAUCCCCUGUCCUCAGUCCCUCAUAUAGAAUGGUGCGUAAACUUCCUGUUUUGUUAUCCCCUAUCCACAGUCCCUUACGAGGGACGAUGCAAGAGGAUCCUUUUCUCUCAUCCCCUGACGUCAGUCCUUCACCAUCAACACACCGUGAAAAUCCAACUUUGUCAUCCCCUGACUUCCGUUUCCGGAUGGAGACUGAAAAGGACAAAGAAGAGGAACCAACACCUUCAACAUCUGGUGGAACGACAGCAAGAGCGAGUUCCAGACACGUGUGGUUUAGACCUCGCUACGUUUUAAGUGACUCUGAUUAGAUUGGGAUCCGUAAAAACUGAAGACCUAUUUGGGAAGUCACAUUAGGACAUCAUCAUUUCUCUGUUUUUUGGGGUUUUUUAAAAUUAAAGCCAAUGGGUUUCUAGCAAGCCCGUGGAAGCCUUACGUAGCGCCUUGCACCGGGGCUGUUCUUUAUCCCGCUGCUAGAUGUAGCAUUUUAGAUGGUGAGGAUCCUGGCAGGUCUGAGGAAGCCUUAGGUAGCGCCUUGCACCGGAGUUUUCUUCAUCUUUGCGAUUUCUUCUCAACUCCCCCAUGUUUCAGGGUGAAAUAGCGGUUCUUCCCCACGCUGUGCUCUCCGAUAUAGUAAAUUGUUCUUUCCUGUUCCUCCACUAAUCCAGUCUCCAAGUUUUUAAUCUUUCAGGUUUUAGCUGCUCAUCGCUGGAUCCUUUCGUCGUCGUCCAUGUGGUUCCUGUCCUUCUGGACCCCUUGUUUUUCACGCUGCUCGUACGUUUUUCCACAUUCACAUGAUACUGCUUGCCUCCUGCUGGUGGUGGGGACCAUCAGCUUUACUAAAUAAAAGUAGAAAUAGAAAUUCACUAUUAGUAAUUUAGAAACUGUUCAACCAUGUAGAGUUAAAGUUUACAUUAAGUAAGGAAUGCUUGCCUGACAACAUGUUGUAUUAGAAACCAAAUUAAAGCAUCAGGACAAUAAGAAAUUAGAAGACAAAGGAGAACAUAGACAGAAUUUAUGAUUGAAGGAUUUAAUUAAAAGUUUUUAUUCAGAGAGACACUAGAGAACAGGAUCGGAGGAAAGGAAAUGUAGAGCAUGUGGAGUAAAGUUUUAUGUAGAUAAACUAUUAAUCUCAUGAAACAAAUAGUUUAUAUGGCUAACAGCAUGUUCAUGUGUUGCAACACAGCAAAAUCACAGAAGAUGAAUAGACAUUAAAAAAAUACCAAACUAGUCUCUGGUUCGGGUUCAGACUUCUCAGAUCUCUGAUUCUCUGGUCGUCCCAGGUUGGAUCUCCUCCGCCUGUAAUCCUCCACCUUCAGCACCACCAGUCAGGUGGAGGAAGAUAAGAGAACCCAGUUGACAAAAAAAUUGACCAACAAUUAAAGCAGAAGACCUGCUCCACCUGCUGAUCUACUGGUUGUAACAGCUUGUGGGAAAGCAUCACUGGACCAAUCAGGCGAGAGAAGACAGAGAGGACUGAGGACUGAAACGAAAAUACUCUGCCUGCCAAAAAAGGUAGACGAUCCAGUGGCCCCAGGUUUACACACCAUCUGUUGGUUUGAGGCAGACCGACCGCUGGGGAGAUGGACCUCACCUGACACCAUUACUCUGGAUGUAACAGCUCGACUCUGCUGUCAAAACAUCAAUGACUCGAGAAGCGGACAGCGAGAUUUCUGGUGCCUGGCUGGAGACGAGAUUCUGAUUAUUCAAGAGCCAAAACAAAAUGUCAGAAUAAAUAGUUAGAAGGCAGAUUUGUUUUCUAUUUGUUGUUGUUUUUAUUAUUAAUGCUCCACGACACAAAAUGUAUCACUGCUGUAACUCUUGAGUUUAAUAAAAUGUUCUUCUUUCAAUCUGUUA